AAACGAUUAUUAGUUAAACUGCCAGCCAUUUGAAUGGACUUUGUCAUAUCGCUUUCUUUUGGAUAAAGGGGGCUGCUGCGCUUGUGCGGAAGAUCAACGCUGAACAACAAACUUCGACAUCUACGGCCAGAGCAAACUCCAGGAGUUGUUUACUCGUGUAACUGUGACAGCAUUAUGGAGGAAGAAGAGGGCCCUGUUGAUGGCGAGGUGGGGACCCCCUUUGCUGCAGAGACCUAUGCUGCUGAGGCCAUGGCUGCAGACAUGGACCCCUGGAUUGUUUUUGACUCAAGAAGAACUCCCAGAUCUGAGUUUGAUGGCUGGCUAGAGAGUAACAGACCCUCCCAAGUGUCCAGAUUUGGAGAUGAGGAGGGUGGCGUCAGCCCUGUGGGGUGGAUUGCUGUGCUGGGGCCGAACCACUGCCCCAGCGGUGGGGAUGUCACAGGACUCCAGGAGAGUUGGGAGAAACUUUUGGCAAGUUGUCGGCCCGUCACCUUCCAGACAGUGAAGGAGCUGGCCCUGAACCAUGGGGUGCUUACAGGCAAGUGGCUCAUGCACUUGGAUUCUGGUUUCAAGUUGGACCACGCAUGGGAGUGUGUGGCCAGAGCAGCCCUAGAUGGCAAGAUUUCUCUAGUUAAAGUCAGUCCAUUUGACCCUAAGGCAGAGGGCAAGCAGGUCAUUUGUGCCUACAACCAGAACUUCACAGAUGAGAGUGAGGUCAUGAGGCUGGAUUCAGUCAUUCGUGCCACAGGAGUCAAAUGCCCUCUGUCCUACAAGCCAGACGUGUACACAUACCUGGGAAUCUACCGGAACAACCGCUGGAAGCUUUGCCCCACUAUAUAUGAGAGUAAAUUUGACCUCGAAUGCGUACCCAGGCGUUCCCACAUUAUCAACAAAGUUACCAAUCUUGAAGUGACAUAAACCAGUCAGACCAAGAUGGGAGUUUUGCUGAACCAGUAUGUGACAAAGUUCAUGGUGAUCCCAAAAGAGGUUGCAUUCAGAGGACUGUACUUCAUAACCCAUUUAGAACAUCACUGGCUGUAUUCUGAUUUCAAGUUCACUAUUGAAAAACAAUAAAACUUAAUCUGCCUUUUAUUCUUUUGUUGUAAAAUAAUUAUAAAUCACCUGAAAUACUGUCAGAUAUCUUGUAUUGAAUAUAUCGUAGUCUGUAGCUCAGUAGGUAGAGCAGGUCACCUACUGAUUGGAAGGUCAGGGGUUCGAUUCCUGGCUACUCCAGGCUACAUGCCAAUGUAUCCUUGGGCAAGAUACUUAACCCCAAGUUGCUCU